UAACAGGAUGCGGCUUUUCGCAGCCUGCCCGCGGGCCAUCGCUGCACUUUCUCCUGCGCUGUCCGGCACGAACCAAAUAGGUGAAUUUUCAUGACAUCUCUUCUCCCAAAACAUAGAUGACGUCUUUCCUGUGAUGGAAAAACCACGCUAUUUCCGGUGAAGAUUCGCUCCAUAUACCCACGAAACAUUAAGUUCGUGGGUUCGUGCCGCAGCCAUUCGGGAUGCUCCGAAAAGGAGGCUCAUGCAAAACUCUUGUAAGUGUGAGCGUAGAGGAAAAUCUAACUGCUUAGGUUUCAUCGAGACCGCUGGGAACAUCUGGUUUCACCUCAUGGUCGAGAGUUAUCCCGGGUUUUAGGGGAAACCUUGGAGUUUCCCUUCCAGAAAAGAGAGGAUGGACUUAAGCACCAGGCUAAUGAUGUGGCAGGAGCUGGCUGUGAGCUGUGGCUUCACUACGUUACAUCAGAGCCUGCAGCAGGUGUGGCGGCUGCUUCUUCUCUGUCUCAUCUGCAGAGUCUGCUUCAGGCUAGGAGUCGCAUCAGCGGUGAAGCAUGUCGCAUCCACGUUGAUCGGAAUGUACGGCCUGUUCCUGUUCCUGGAGUUGCACAUGGUGUGGGUGCUGCUGCUCAGUAUUAUCUGUUACCUCGGCCUCCUGCUCUGCAGACACUCUAGCAACAAAGGCCUCUUCCUCUCAGGCAUUAUCCUCGUCUACAUUCUCAUUGGAGAGUUGCAUUUUUUCGACAUGGGAACCUGGAAUAAAAUACGAGGUUCUCAGAUGGUGGUGGCCAUGAAGGUCAUCUCACUGGCCUUUGAGCUCGACAGACGAAAAGACAACAACCUGCCAGGCCCUGCUGAGUUCCUUGGCUAUGUCUUCUUUGUGGGUACUGUUGUGUUUGGCCCAUGGAUCAGCUUGACAAGUUACAAAAAUGCACUUGAUGGUCCAAAACUGAGCUACUUGUGGCUGUCCAGUUCCCUCGUCAGACUCGUAAAAAGUCAGAUUUGUCUGCUGGUGUCAACCUGCGUCGCUCCAUAUCUUUUCCCUUUGUUCCUGCCAAUAUAUGGGAAUUCUAUCACACAAAAGUGGCUGCGUGCUUAUGAGAAUGCAGUGUCCUUCCACUUCAGUAAUUACUUCGUGGGUCAUCUAAGUGAAGGCACCAGCAUGUUGGCAGGAGUGGGAUUCACAGAAGAAAAAGACAACAUCCAAUGGAAUAUGAGGAUAGUGAAGCCCCUGAGUGUGGAAAUGCCUCGCUCCAUGGUGCUGGUCGUGAUAUCCUGGAACAUCCCGAUGUCUCAGUGGUUAAAAACCUAUGUGUUUAAAACCUCCAUGAAACUUGGAACCUUCCCUGCAAUCCUUGUGACAUACACAGCCAGCGCCCUCCUGCAUGGCCUGAGUUUUCACCUGGGAGCUGUUCUGCUCACACUGGGAUUCAUCACAUAUGUUGAACAUGUUCUGAGAAAGAAGCUUGCAUACAUCCUUAGUGCCUGCAUUCUGUCCAGGCCCUGUGCAUCUGACUGCAGCCAUCGACACAAGAAGAAUGCUUGGGUGCUGUUGCUGAAUCUAGUGUUCAGUUUGCUAGUCGUCUUCCAUCUCACCUACUUGGGCUCCAUGUUUGAUCCUGGAUCUGACGAACAGGAAGUAGAAGAGGGUUACGCAGCGAUCCACACCAUUCAGAGGUGGUCCGAGCUGAACUGGGCAAGCCACUGGAUCAUUUUUGCUCUCUGGGUUUUCUAUCGUUUAAUUCAGUGAUCUUGUAGUAGAUUAAAAAAAAAUUGUCCAUCAUUAAAACUUUUGUACACAAAAUAUUUCCUUGAACUUUGAUUUUUUUUUUUUUUGUAUCAACGUGCAUCCAUGUGACUGAAAUAAACAAUAAAAACGAGGUUCUGUAAUGAGCAUGAAUUGUGUAGUUCACAUCUAAACUACACAAAAACUUAGCAUACAAAUAUGUUACGUUUUUAAAACUACUGUAAAUAGUAAUGGGCUAAACUUGCAAAUCCUUCAUCAUGUCGUCACAGUUUAUUUUCUUAAACUGGUCCUGUUCACUAACUGUUUGCAUGUUUCUUUUAUUAUAUUUUGCAUAUUAUGGUUGUUUUUUUUUUUUUGUUGUUGUUGCAACUUUUAGUCCAUGAGUAUUUCUGUAAAUGUUCAGAGUCUUUGUGAUAAUGUAAACAAUAAAAGUGUCCUAUGAAAGUGUU